AAAGAAGAGGUAAAAUUGAGAGUGAGAGAGCACAAAACUGAAAAACAUAUAUGUGAGAGGAGCAGACAUGGCUGUGUGAGCUGAGGAAGAGCAGCAGGAGGAGGAGGAGGAGGAUAAUGCUGGAGAUGUGGCUGCGUGUUGGGGUCUGCUCAGGUGUGCUCAGUCUCUAGUCAAUCUGGGGGUCAAGCAGGUCGCAGGAGUUGCUUAUGUACGAAGCAAAAAUACUUCUGUACGACUGAAAGUGGAUCUCGAAAGUGAAGUCCAGGGAGAUUUUAUUUUUUCAGCUCCUGUAAUCCAUGCGGCUUCGGGCAGGAACUCAUCAUCUCGGUUGAUCACACACAGCCUGCAGCCAUGGAGAAGCAACUGGAGGAACUGAAGCAGCAACUGGAAAAACAAUGUCUGAUCAACCAGGAGCUGCAGAGGCACAAUACAGACCUGGAAAAGCGACUGCAGGAGAAAGAAAAACUUUUGCAGGAACUGCAGAGUCAAUAUCACGACUUGGGUAAGAGGCCAAUGUGGGAAGCAGGGGUGAAGUACCAGGACAAAGAUGUCAUAGUUCGAGAAGGAGCUGAGGCAAACACAUUCUACAUUAUCCUCAAAGGAGAGGUCCUGGUGACUAAGAACGUGAAUGGGCUUCAGAAGCACAUUCGCAGGAUGGGGAAAGGGGAGCAUUUCGGCGAACAGGCCCUCAUACGGGAAGUUUUGAGAACUGCCACCUGCACUGCCGACGGCCCUGUUACCUGCUUCUCCAUAGACAAGGAAGUAUUUGAGGAGACAAUUCCCAUAGAACACCUGGAGCUGUUUGAUGACUCCAAAGUGCUGCAGGAAGCACAAGUUCCAGAAAAGUCAAAUCCCACAGUCUCCACUAUGAGGUUUAAGGAUCUGGUUCCUGUGCUGUACCAGGAAGGACGCUACCAAGGAGAACCGGUCACACUCGGAGUCGGAGGGUUCGGACGGGUUGAGCUGGUGAGAGUUUUUAUUCCUCCCUUUUCAAGUUCAGAGCCCCAGAAGAUUUAUGCCAAAAUACUGGACGGGGUGCUGAAGUAUCCACCUUAUCUGAGCGAGGCAGCCAAGUCCAUAAUCAGUAAACUCUGCAGACCUCGGCCAGGUCAGAGGUUAGGAAACACCAAGAAUGGAAUCAAAGAUGUCCGGCAUCACAGGUUGUUCAGCAGCAUGAACUGGCACAAACUGCGGGUGGGUCAACUCGACGCCCCCACAGUGCGACUCAUACGCAAGGGCCCCUGCUACAUCAACUUUGAUAAGUUCCCUCUGGACCAGACCACUGCUGAGGAGGAGUUCUCCGGCUGGGACCGUGACUUUUGAUCCUGGCUGCUGAUGUUUAACAGAUCAAAAGGCCUCAUGAUGGUAGAAGGAGCUCUAGGAGCUCUACACUGAAACAGCCUAACCCACAUCAUGAUAAAUUGGUUCUUAGGAGCUGCAGGGAAUCACAAUUUCUGAAAAUAUUUAUCAUGGCUCCUUUGUUUCUCUACAGACGACCUUCUAGGUAGAGAGGUAAGUGGCCAAAAAUAUUUGGACGGGUGGUGAAAGGUGGUUGAGACAAUCCGUUUCCAAAUGAACGAGUGACAACAACGCAAAUCACAAAAAAUGACAAAUAAGAAAACACAACAACAAAUCACGAAACCCAACAACAGAUAAGAAAAUUACCUUAAGUGUAUUUGCUAUUGUGAUUUACUGUUGUGUUUUCUUAUUUGUUGCUGUGUUUUUCCAUUUGUUGUUGUGAGUUGAACUUCAUGGCCACCAGAAUAUUAACACUUAUUCCUGAUUAGAAUACGACCUCUAUCAAAGUGCUAAUAAAGGCUUUUAGAGAUGAAACAUGUUUAUCUGCUCAUAGAAAAGCUCUUAAAUGCUUUAGUGUUGUUAAAGUUGUGUUUUUAUUGUAAAAUGUCACUUUUUUUCUGAGUUUAUCUGUUUUUUGGAAAGUCUGCUUCAGCUUAAAGUAAUUUAAAAAGAUCAUAAAAUGUCCUGAUGAAAAGUUUCAACUUGACUUGUGUUUAGUAAAUAAAAGUGCU